GGGCGGGGCCUGGGGGCUGAUAUUGCCCCAUGGGGGUGCUGCUUGUGCCCCUGUGGGAUAUGGCCCCUGGGGGGGCUGUUGUGUGGCCCCCUGCCCCUUUGCCUGGGGGGCUUGGCAGGGUGCCCCCCCAGCCUGGCAGGGCCCCUUUUCAUUGUCCGCCCAUCUGCCCUGUCCCUGCCCUCCGUGUUCACUUGCUGGCACGACCUUGGUCUUGGCGUGGCUCCGGGCCACGGCACUGUCCUUCCCACCCCACCCCCCACAAGCCCUUGGCUCCCACCCGUACACAUCCAGCUGCGACCCGCUCUCAGGUGCCAAGCCGGCAGGGCCCAUGCCCCACGACAUGCAGUAGUGCCCACGCCACGGGCUCCAUUCCUAACGCCCCCCUCCCCCAUUGCAGACAUCACCUUCAAGCUGGACGAGCGCACGGCGCACAGCACCCUGGACCUGUUCAAGCGGGACACGGGCGCCGUGUACCGCGGGGUGGGCAUUGACCCCACCAAGGCGCCCCGGCCCCGCAACCCUGAGCGCUUCCGGGACUGGGCCGUGGUGCUUGGCGACACGGCCGUGGAUGCCGGGCGCCACUACUGGGAGGUGACGGUGAAGCGGUCGCAGCAGUUCCGCCUCGGCGUGGCCGACGUGGACGUGUCGCGGGACGGCUGCAUCGGCACCGACGAGCGGUCCUGGGUAUUCGCCUUCGCCCAGCGCCGCUGGCAGGCCUUCGUGGGCGGCGAGGCCAUGCCGCUGCCCAGCGUGGGGCAGCCUGAGCGCGUGGGGCUGCUGCUGGACUAUGAUGCUGGGCACCUCAGCCUGGUGGACGCGGGCUGGCGCCGACGCCUCCACACGCUGUCGGCCGACUUCCGGAGCCCCGUGGUGCCCGCCUUUGCCCUCUGGGACGGCGAGCUCCUCACGCACUCUGGGCUCAAUGUGCCUGAGGACCUGACGGGCGACUAGCUGUGGCCCUGGGAGCCUGGACUUCUGCCCUGGGGGUGUCGCCCCAGCCAGGCCAGGGCUUUGCCAGCCGGACAUGGCCUUGCUGUCUGCCCUGGGCAGCUCUGUGCCACUCCCAGUCCCUCCUCCACCCACCGUGGCAUCCUCAGAUCCUCUGUGCCAGCCUGUUUACAGCUAGCGCCAAAUGCCUGCCCUGCCCUGGGUUCAGGGGAAGCUGUUGCCCCCUCCUGGUGUGGGGGGAGCAGGGGGUUGGGCAUCAGUGCCCUGCCAGACUGGCAUGGGGCAUCUCACAAGCACUUUACCCACGGUCCCUUCAGUGGGAGCCCCCCAACAACGCACCGGCUGCCAGGACUGGACAUGGGUGGGGGAGCUGGGCGUCUCGGCCCCUUUCUCCCAGCUCGCUCCUCUCGGGGGCAGGGGGGACCUUGGGCCUUUGUGCCCCCCCAGGGUUCCCGUCCCCUGUGCUCUGUGCCCGGCUCAGCCCUUGCUGGGUGCUUGGGGCUGCAUUUGCAAUAAACCAGGCAUGUGACUCCCUGCCUGGCGUUUGCCCCUAUGUUCCCGCGCCAUAGGGGAAGGGCGUGGUCGUAGGGUAGGGGAUCCCAGUCGGGU